AAACACCCAACACAACACAACACAACAAUACCAAUACAACAACAACAGUAACAACAACAACAGCAACUACUAACACUCCUCCACAUCAUGCUGUGUGGUGGGUUUGAUGGUUGCUGCGCGUGCUGGCAGCGACAGCAGCAGCCGCAGCAGCAACGGCGACAGCAGCAACAGCAGCAGCAGCAGAGCGAUCGCAUUGGGGCCGUCAGAGUCACAGUCAGAUUCGGUCUGCCAAACAAAACGACAGCGUCGUCGUCGCAUAGGCAACAAAUUGAGCUCGGCCAGCGAGAUUUGCUGCCCAGGAAACCCACAGCCCACUACCCACAACCCACAGACCACAACUUAAACCACAGCCCACAGGCCAACAGCCGUUAAGACUUGUAACUGACAAUCGGCUAAUCUGGCCAAUACAGUUAAUUUAUUUAAUUUGCAACUACAAAACCAUAAAAAAAAAAAAACACAAAAAGAAAAAACGCGCGCGGAAAAGAAAAGUAAAGAAAAAAAAGAAAAGAAAAGAAAAGCAAGGAAAACAUUACACGUGGUUUAUUUACUCCUUAAAUUUCUAAGCACAUUGGAUAAUUGCAUUUGACGUGAAAAUGCCGCAAAUCGUGAAGGGGAUUUUAGAAAGCAAAUCCAAUUGAUAAAUGCACGACUAUAAAUAAAUGCGCAAUUUCUGUAUGCCAAGUGUCAAAAAAUAAAAAUAAAUAAUAAAAAUAGCAAAAAUAAAAAUAGGAGAUAAAAAAUCAAACUGAACAAUGCCAAGCGACUGUGUGAAAAUUGUUUGAUUGAAAUACAAAAUAUAUAACCGAAAAAUCUCAUGUUUUUCAAGCUGAUGUGUUGAUCAGUUCAUGCCCGAGUGAUAAGGGCGCAAAUAGAACAAUAUCAAUAUAAAAACAAAAACGGAUUCAAUGGCGCUAAGAACAAAAUAAAUAUUUACUCCAAAAGAGAAUGCAAAGCGUGAAUAAUUUUUGUUAACAACCAAUAAAUACUUACUAACAGCAAUAAACUAUGAAUUAUCAAAAUAUUAUCUAAAUAUUAUCAAUGAGUUUAUUUAUUAACUAAGCUGAAUUGAAUCAAAAUUAAUUGUGACUGCUGAGAGACAAUUGACAUAAAUAUUUUCACUAGGAAACAAUCAAGUUAAACUAAUUUUUUAACCAAUAUCUGAUUGUAUUAAAUGCUACCAUAAAACUAAAAAAAAAAACGUUGAAUUUAUUUCGAAUUUAAUCCGAAUAAUUGUGUUUGCCAAGAAAGAGUUAAAAAAAAACAUAUUUGCACUAAAAACAUUCAAAUCCGAAAGCUAAAAAGUUAUUUCUCUAACUAAUUCCACACCGAAAAACUCCAAAUGUAUUCCGAUAAACUGUGAAUUAACUUAAAAUCAACUCUGAAUACCAAAAGACAGUUUUCAUUAAAAAAAAAGGAAACAUAAAAGAAAAGAAAAGCUAAAACUUAAUUUAACUAAUCAAACUCGGACUACAUCUAAAUGCCUAAAUAAAACUCCGAAGAAACUCCGUCAAAAUCAACUUGAAAAUUGGAAAAUGCGGACUUUUAAGCGUGGCUUCUUCUGCUCGGAUCUGUCCCUGCGUUAUCCGUAUCGGGAAUGCACGAUUACUGUACCGAUGCUGCUGCUGAUGAUGCUGCUGCUGCCGAUGCUCUUCAUCAGCGUCGUGGAAAUCAUGCGCAUCUGUCGCCAGCUGCGCAUGCGUCGCUAUAUGCGCAACUUGUGGCGCUCUGAGGCGACGUUCAGCUUUGGCUUCAUUGCCACCUUCCUGACCACGGAGCUGGCCAAGAACAUGGUGGGUCGACUGCGUCCGCAUUUCUACAACGCUUGCCAGCCGCGUCUGAACGAUGGCACCAGCUGCUCGGAUGCCCAGAAUGCCGAUGUGUACAUGCAACAUUUCUACUGCAGCAAUCGGAAUCUGUCGUCGCAACAGAUACGCGAGUUGCACGUGAGCUUCCCCAGUGCGCACAGCAGUCUUAGCUUCUACUCGAUGUGUCUGCUCGCGUUCUAUUUGCACAGCGUGUGGCAUCAUGGGCGUGGCUGUGUGCGCGUCAUGCGGCACAUUACACAAUUCCUGCUGCUGAUGGCCGCGUGGUAUGUGUCGCUGAGCCGCGUCGCCGACUAUUGGCACCACUGGUCGGACGUGCUCGCCGGCGCUGUGCUGGGCGUUGUCUAUGCCACAAUCACCGCUAUUUACGUGGGCGAUCUGCUGCACUUGCGACGCCAUGCGGCAAGUCCCGUUGCACUCGGCUACAGUGGUUGCAGUGGCUGCCACUGCCACUGUCACUGCCACCAUCAGCGUCUGCUGCACCAUCAUCAUCAGCAGCUGCUGCAAGCCGAGAAUAACAAUUCGACCACAUCGACAAAGGUACAUUUUUUGGCUGCCGCUGCCGUUGCAACCACAACGACAACAACAACAACUGCAGCGGCCGAAUCAUUGGACAACUGUGGAACCCACAACGUCGUCAACGAUCUUGAUGAGCUACACGAUGGCAACGAGAGCGAUGUGGACAUCGAUGGCUACAGCGAAGGUGAUGUUUUCCACAAACUGAACACCUACAGCGACGUUGGCGUCGAUUACGUUCUAGGCCCAUCACGUGCCACAACACCAACAACAACAACACCAACCACACCAGCAACAACAACAAUACAAGCCUUGCCACCACCGUCCAGUGUCUUGCCAAAUGCGCUCUAAGUCGACUUAUCUGUCUUUGGUUGGAUUUCGAGACGGUACGGCAGCUAUUUCGACUAUUUUUCCAUUAGAAAUCGAUAUAUAUAUAUAUAUAUAUGUAUGUGAUAAGCGCACUGUUUACCUGAUAUGCACAUGCCGCUUUACUCUGAAAAUGAUUUACGAAAUCCGCUGCGUGCUGGCGACGCCAACACCAACACCAACGCCGACGCCAACGCCGCUGACAUGUUGUGCAACUGUCUGGCAACGCUGCGUUUGCUCACAAUGGUCAAGCAGCAGGCUGAAGAAACCAAAAUUGAUUAUGCUGAUUAGCUUGUUAAAAAUAAGUAAUUGCAGCCACUUUCAUUUUGCAUUUUUGCGCAAAUGAUCUUGCAGCGCUGCCGAAUUUAUCGCAUUUUUUUCAAGCAUUGUAUUUGCCGACUCAAUGAUAUUAUUAUUGGCGGCAAGUUUUCCACGGCUGCAGCUUGUGUUGUGCUUCGCUUUGUUUGUAAACAAUGUCGCAAACGGCGCUUUGAAGACAGACGGCAGACGGCUGAUGGCAGACGACAGACUGCCCAAUCAGCUGAGACAAUCUUGCAGCAGCGACGCUGCAGUUAACGCUGGCGUCGCUGUCGUCGUCGCCGUCGCCGUCGGCUUUGAGUAGUUUUGACUGCACCGCUUGGCGAUAGUCGGCCAGUCGAUAAAGCACUAUAAAUAAUGUACAAAAUAAUAAAGAAGCAAAACAUGGUCAACACUUUAUGAUGAUGAUGAUGUUGAUCAUGAUGAUGAUGAUGAUGAUGAUUAAGU